AUGAAGAUUCAAAUCAAACUUGUCUUCACCUCAUGGUUUUUGCUCCUACUUUUCUUUUACUCACUCUUACAACAAACACCCAUUUCAGCUCAAGAAGUUGAGGAUGAGAGAGAUUUUGAUUACAUGCAAGAGAGUGAGAAGGGACCACGUCAUUGGGGAGAGCUUAAGAAAGAAUGGAAGGCGUGCAAACAUGGAAAAUUGCAGUCACCGAUUGAUCUGUUGAAUCACAGGGUCAAAGUCAUUCCAAAGUUGGGAGACAUUAAGAUGAAUUAUAAGCCUGCUAAUGCUACUAUCAAGAAUAGAGGUCAUGAUAUUUCGAUUGUAUGGCUCGAUGAUGCUGGAUCAAUUCAGAUCAACGGCACCGAUUACUUCCUUCAACAAUGUCACUGGCACUCACCUUCUGAGCACUCCAUCAAUGGCAGGAGGCUUGACUUGGAGCUCCACAUAGUUCACUCAAGCCCUGAUGUUAAGAUAGAAAGGAGAAUCGCUGUAAUUGCAAUGUUGUACAAGUUUGGAAAGCCUGAUCGUUUUCUCUCCAAGUUUACCAAAGAUAUGGUGUCUAUAACCGACACAAAGCAGGAGGUACACAAAGGAGUGAUUGAUCCAAGAGAGCUCAAAAUGGGUGGUUUGAAGUACUACCGAUACAUUGGCUCACUCACAAUUCCGCCUUGUACUGAAGGAGUUAUUUGGACUAUGAACAAAAGGAUAAGCACUGUUUCAAGAGAACAAGUGAGCCUACUUAGAGAAGCUGUUCAUGAUCACGCAGAGAUGAAUGCAAGGCCGUUGCAGCCUCUGAAUGAAAGAGAUAUCCACAUCUGUGGCCCAAUGUUUCAGCAUGACGAUUCGAAAAACUAA